CAGGAAAUGCAGCCACAAGUGCAUUCUCCAACGAAUGGGAGAAUACAUGAAAUGCUAAGGCCUUUCAGCUACGGAUCAACAUCAACUCAACUACUUUCCCUAGUGAGAAGUUUAACUAAGACUUAUAGCAAAAGGAGGAUCAAUAUCAAAUACCAUUCUUCCAUGGCGACCACAUCAAAUCUAACGAUAGAGAAGGAGGUUAAACCAACCCAGAAGACCAAUUGCCCAGUACAGGUUGCAAAGCGCUUGGAGAAGUUCAAGACCACAAUAUUCACACAAAUGAGCAUUCUUGCCAUCAAACAUGGAGCAAUUAACCUUGGCCAAGGCUUCCCAAAUUUUGAUGGUCCUGACUUUGUUAAAGAAGCAGCCAUUCAAGCUAUUAGAGAGGGCAAAAACCAAUAUGCUAGGGGAUAUGGUGUACCUGACCUCAAUUCUGCAGUGGCCGCCAGGUUCAGGAAAGAUUCUGGAUUGGAGGUUGACCCUGAAAAAGAAGUGACUGUUACCUCUGGAUGCACUGAAGCAAUUGCUGCCACCAUGUUAGGCUUGAUAAAUCCUGAUGAUGAAGUGAUAGCCUUUGCUCCAUUUUAUGAUUCUUAUGAAGCCACACUUUCCAUGGCUGGAGCCAAAAUAAAAUCCAUCACCCUCCGGCCGCCAGAUUUCAAAAUCCCAAUAAAUGAGCUCAAGGCUGCUGUCUCAAAGAACACUCGGGCAAUACUUAUAAACACUCCACAUAAUCCCACUGGGAAAAUGUUCAGUAGGGAAGAGCUCAAUGUGAUUGCAUCUCUUUGCAUAGAGAAUGAUGUGCUGGUCUUUUCUGAUGAAGUUUACGACAAGUUGGCAUUUGAAGAGGAUCAUAUUUCUAUUGCUACACUUCCGGGCAUGUAUGAAAGGACUGUGACCAUGAAUUCUCUAGCCAAGACUUUCUCCUUAACAGGAUGGAAGAUUGGGUGGGCCAUAGCUCCACCACAUUUGACAUGGGGAGUCAGGCAGGCACACUCAUAUCUCACCUUUGCCACCUGUAGUCCAAUGCAAUGGGCAGCUGUGGAAGCUCUACGAGCUCCAGAUUCAUACUAUGAAGAACUAAGAAGGGAUUACAUGGUGAAGAAAACAAUAUUGGUUGAGGGGCUGAAGGCUGUUGGUUUCAUAGUGUACCCAUCAAGUGGGAGUUUCUUCGUGGUCGUAGAUCACACUCCUUUUGGGUUUGAAAAUGAUGUUGCCUUCUGCGAGUAUCUGAUUAAGCAAGUGGGUGUUGUAGCAAUCCCUACUAGUGUUUUUUACCUCAACCCAGAAGAUGGAAAGAAUCUGGUACGGUUCGCCUUUUGCAAAGAUGAGCAGACUCUUAGGGAUGCAGUUGAUCGGAUGAAAGAGAAGCUGAAAAGAUGAAACAAUUUUAUGUGUUAAGUAUCUGGUCACAAUUUAAAAUAA